CUGCGCUGCGCGGUGUGCGAGGCCGCCGCCGAGCCCCGUCGUCGGCUUGUGACCCCCGCUCGCGGGCGUGGGACGUGGGUGGAAAACGGGCCCCCUUGCUCCCGCGGGGCUCCGAGCGGCGGCCGCGGUCCCGCGAGCCUGCCGAGCCGCUGCGGGCCGGGGUCCGCUCGGAGGGCGGGGGCUGCGGGAGCGCCCGGCGUCGCGGUCGCGUCCCGGCCCCGAGCCCCGGCGCCCCUUGACGUCUCUCUUCCCCCUGUUGUGCAGGUUCGCUUGCGGCGCCAUGGCUCAGAGGGCCUUUCCCAAUCCUUACGCCGAUUAUAACAAGUCCCUGGCCGAAGGCUACUUCGACUCCUCCGGGAGGCUGACUCCUGAGUUCUCACAGCGCUUGACCAACAAGAUUCGAGAGCUCCUCCAGCAGAUGGAGAGAGGCCUGAAGUCAGCAGACUCUCGGGAUGGCAGUGGGUAUACCGGCUGGACAGGCAUUGCUGUGCUUUACCUCCAUCUCUAUGAUGUGUUUGGGGACCCUGCCUACCUGCAGAUGGCGCACGGCUAUGUAAAGCAAAGCCUAAACUGCUUGAGCAAGAGGUCCAUCACCUUCCUGUGUGGUGAUGCAGGCCCCCUGGCCGUGGCUGCUGUGCUGUAUCACAAGAUGAACAGUGAGAAGCAGGCAGAGGAUUGCAUCACACGGCUCAUUCACCUGAGUAAGAUUGACCCCCAUUCACCAAAUGAAAUGCUCUAUGGACGCAUAGGCUACAUCUUUGCUCUUCUUUUUGUCAAUAAGAACUUUGGAGAAGAGAAGAUUCCUCAGAGCCAUAUCCAGCAGGUUUGUGAAGCAAUCUUAGCAUCUGGAGAAAAACUGUCUAGAAAGAGAAACUUCACAGCAAAGUCUCCACUGAUGUACGAGUGGUACCAGGAAUAUUACGUGGGGGCUGCACAUGGCCUGGCGGGAAUUUAUUACUACCUGAUGCAGCCCAGCCUUCAGGUGAGCCAAGGAAAGUUACACAGUUUGGUGAAGCCCAGUGUAGACUUUGUCUGCCAGCUGAAGUUCCCUUCUGGCAAUUAUCCUCCGUGUUUGGAUGACACCAGAGACCUGCUUGUUCACUGGUGCCACGGUGCCCCUGGGGUCAUCUACAUGCUCAUCCAAGCCUACAAGGUGUUCAGAGAGGAGCAGUACCUGCAUGACGCCUACCGGUGUGCUGACGUGGUGUGGCAGUACGGGCUGCUGAAGAAGGGCUACGGACUGUGUCAUGGUGCUGCAGGGAAUGCCUACACGUUCCUGGCACUCUACAACCUCACACAAGAUGUGAAGUACCUGUACAGGGCCUGCAAGUUUGCUGAGUGGUGUUUAGACUAUGGAGAGCACGGAUGCAGGACACCAGACACCCCCUUCUCGCUCUUCGAAGGGAUGGCUGGAACAAUAUAUUUCCUGGCUGACCUAUUAGUCCCCACGAAGGCCAAGUUCCCUGCAUUUGAACUCUGAAAGGAAAGCAUGUCUCCUGUGCUUACAGAGUGCCUCUCUGUGUGUUCCUCUGGGCUAAGUGUCUCUGUUGCUUUUGAAGGAAGCAAAAUGAAACUGUGUACUUGAUGUGGCCCGGCUUUUAUUUAGCAGUUCAGCGCCUUCCUUUUAUUACUUGCUUUAUUUAAAAGUAUACAUGAAAGCCAUCUUAACUGUCUUCCAAAGAGAAGGAUGCAUGAAAAGUACAGUAUUUUGUGGCCAUUUACAUGUAUUUCCAGACUUGGAGGACAUCUCACUCUUAUUUAAGUUCUUUCUAGAAACUCACUGGUAAGCCAUUCCUGGUAACAUAUUAUCCCAGCUACUGAGGAGACUGAGGCAAGACGAUCACAAGUUCAAGACCAACCUGGGCAACUCAGUGAGACUGUUUCAAAGUAAAGAGAAGAGAGAGAUGAGGGAUUAGCUGAGUGGCAGAACACUUUUCUAGCAUGCAAAAAUCCCUGGGUUCUGUCCCUAGCUCACGCAUACACAUAAUACUACAUAUAGUGCAGAUAGAUGAUCAUAUGUAGAUGGCCAUCACCUUCCAUCUCUUCUGUUGAAUCUUUGUCCUCCAACAGAGAGUAGUUUUAUGACUUGGUUUUCUCAAGUGGUUGAUUAUUAAAGGUGACAAGAAUGUAGUAAGCCAUGCUUCUGGAAGAAAAACUGCAAGACUUACCAAUUAGACUUGGGGCCUAAAUGUCGUGUUUUAAAUUGCUAGUUUUUGUAUAAACCAGAAAUACCAUUUUCAAUGAGCCAAACAGGCACUGUAUUCCAGAAAUAUUAUCAAAACUUAAAUUGAUUUUGAUGCGCAUUCUGAUCUUGAAGCUAAUUCACCAACAAUAGCUCCUUGUUUUCUGUUAUAUGCCAGAAAUGUUUAUUUUAAAAGUGUUUGUCCUUCAGUGUUCAUAUGAGAUCCAGAAGUAGAUGUUCUGUGUAAAUUUGCUGAGACAGGACUACAGCCUGACCUUUGGCUGACCUUCAGAUGUUUGGCCUAGAUUUUCCUUGCUUUUCGCUGACUGUGCUUGAGUGCCACGUGUCAUCCCUUCCUGUCAAUUGAUUUGAACAUUGAUCUUUUCGCUAAGUAGUACAGAAUCUAAUUCUGCUUACACAGCAGGUGGAAAGGGAGAUGCUGUGAGUAGUAGCUUCUGAGAGAACACAGAAUUCUUACUCCUGGAGGCACUGGAUGUUACAGACUUCAUGCAUGUAACACAUGAGUCUUUGCACAUCCCAGGAGCAACAGUGGUCAGAUUCUGAGACCACGGAGCCAGGUUUGUUUGUACAUGAAGACUCCCUGGUGCUUCAAAUUCCGAACAAAUGUUUUUUGACACCUCAGCUCCUCCCUCCCUCCUCCAUUAUCACAUACCUAUCCAAAUUCUAGGUAACUGACUUGGGAACAUUUUCCACCUUUAAAACAACAGGGUCUGAGAAUAUUUAAUGUGCUAUUUUGUGGCUCUCUUGAUCGUGCUAUUUUUGUUGGAAAUUGAAUCCCCUUGGAGUGUGUGCUGGUUGCUAUGAGGAAUAAUCUUAUUAUUUUUCUAUUUGGUACCAAGAUAGCUAAUAUGGGAAAUUUCCUAGCCCUUUAAAGGCUACCUGCAGUAGGAUUCAACAAGCAGCCCAGUGCUUAAUUCUGAGGAUUGGGUUGCUCCUUCUGUGACCCUCUGUACACAGGGACUUGUGCAUCUUCACCCUCUGAAGUGCUGCUGAAAGCUGUGUGUAAACUGCCUGGUGAAGGCUGUGCACCGACGGGGCCAGAAUGUGUAAGUAAGACUCAAACACAGCAAAGCACAUCUGUUUGUUGGGUGCCCAGCUUUGAAAGGAAAGCCCACUUGGUUGGCUGAAUGGCUUACUAUAUUCUGCCUGUACUUUCAGCUACUGUAGGUACUUAUUAAAAGAAAAAGAACAAGUAUUUUGAUCAGUCAAGAGACUUGAUCACAGUGCUUCCCCGGCAUCCUGAUCAGGGGAGCCCCAGAAGGAACUCAAAGAAGGAAGAAUGUUUUGAGGCCCACCCUUGUUGCUAUCCUAGCAGCCUUCAACAUACUGUCAUCCAGUAACAGGCCCAUCGGCACCAACAGUUCGGCUUUCUGUCUUCACUGUAGCUUUGUAAAACUCCUUACACUGACAGCAUAUUUAUGCCACAUUGACUGAAGCGUAAAAGCUAGGAGAGUUUUCUGAGGGUUUUAAACUCAGGUAGAAACAAAGCUCACACCGAUGCCUCCCACUCUGAGGUAGAGGCCACAAGAAACACUUUCACUCCAGCUUGUGUGGGAGCACCAUUGUUGCUUUCAUUCUUUGACGUUUUUCGCUCGGAUGUUUUUCUUCUCGGUUUAAAAACCUUCCAGAGGUUGCUUCAGGAAAAUUUGGUGGCAUUGCUAAUCUCCCUACAGAGACUGUGUAGUAAAAUGUUGAGAGGCUCUCAGGCCCUUCUGUAAGAUGCCAACAUUGCCAUGACCGUUUCUGUAGAUCCCACCAAGUGUUCAUUUCAUUCCAGCUGUCAGUCUUCCGUCCUUAGAGUCAUCUGGUUUCCUUUUCAUCAUUCCUGUCACAUCCGUUUGAUGGCAGAAGCCCGCAUGUAGGUAGAGUUACAUCAAAGGGGAUCUAAGGGUAUUUUUUUCUCCUUUUCCCCAUUUCCCUGAGUAACUAAAUUGCAGCACUCCACUCCUGUGUCCUCAGGUCAGUUUGUAUCUGUUUUGGCGGUGCCCUUACCUUCUGUCACCUAACUUUGAAAUAAACUGUAAGCGGGAACGUUUAUUUAUAGACUCUUAGGCUCCUAGAACUCAGGUGUAGUCCUUGCUUACUCAUUUUUAAUUCCAAUUCCCUUUCUGCUUCCUGAAAACAGUCAGAGCAGGUUUCUGAGUGUUCUGUACCACUGUGCUGUAGGGGAACUGUUUACAUCUGGUAAGCAGGAGUCAGUGUGGAGGACAUUGAAGAAUCAUCCCAGGUUCAUUGUCCCUUGCUGGGAACAGAUGUGUAUGUUAUGAAAAGGAUUUGUCUGGAUGGUUUUCAAUAAAAUGCUAUUAGGCCUGA